GUGAGAGGAAAAAAAAUAACCAGGGAUGUGUUGUGUUUGUGUGCUGACAUCUUCCUGGGACUGUUAGUAUCGAAUGAUUUGCGAUCGCAAUACCUACAAGCAUUAAAGCAGUCCAAGCCUGAACUCACUCAACGACGAGGUCGCCGUCAAAGCACUGAUCUUCGCACGAUUCUGCUUGGUCCGGAUAUGGAGAACUUUAAUCAAUUGCAAGUUUCUAUGAAGUUCUUACAAUUCACCGAAGAUGUUCGGCCAGCGUAUUAUGGCACAUGGACCAAAUCGAGUAAGAAAAUCAACGGUCGAGCACCACUUGCCCAAGACGAUCAGUUUGUCGAUUAUGACCAUGAUAGUGAAGGAGAGUGGGAACCAGAAGGCGAAGGAGAAGAAAUCCAAAGCGGUGACGAAGAGGAUGACGACCCUUCUUCAGAUGUUGCCGACCCCGAGGAUGCUGGCUGGCUAGUCCCUGAAGGGUACUUAUCAGAAGGUGAAGGUGUUGAAAGUGAUGAUGAACGUACGAGUCAAGUCAGACCGGCCAUGCGACCUACUAGAAAACACACUGCUAUCCGUCCCGUUGUUGUGGGACCCGUUUUCGAUGAUGGCGAUCUAGGAGAAGAUGAUCCACUAAAUCGUUAUGCGACGCGAAUGCUGUUUGAUUUCCCGAAAGAUAAACCGUACGACCCUUUCUAUGUGGAAGCCGACGAUGCUGCAAAUACCAAAUCCACAUCUAGCACAGCCGACGACUCUUCCAAGAAAUCCAUUGCUUUUACAGCACAACACGAGAAUGAAUUAAUCAGCAUCAUUGAAGGAAAGGCAGACGCAAUGCCAAAACUAAUUUCAGAGGCCAAGUCAAACUGGCUAUUACAUGACAUGUCUAAGCGACAGAUUGAGAUGCAAAUUAAAAAUCUAGCUGUCAAGGAAAAACGGGGAACUGAGACGAAACCUGCCUGGCACGUCAAAGAUUCUCUCAGUAACUAACUUAGUAUAUCUCUUCUAAUACAAACACACACAUACACCCAUCUAAUUCCAUCAAACAUCUGCCCCUAUUGUAAAUCUUGAGACCUCAUUAAACAACGACUACUAAAAAACAU